UAACAGAUUUCUAAGAAACAAAAGUCGAACUAAUCUUGAGAAAUAAGCAGUGUAAUUUUCUUUAUUCAGCGCGUAUAGUUUGGUGGAGUGGAACAGUUGUCAUUCGACCGUUCGAUGUCGAUUGACAAUUUAUUCUAGACAGAUUUUGUUCAUUGUUAUGUUUGUUAUUUUGGUUGUAACAUUAGCUUGCUAGGCUAUCAGCUUGCUAGCUAUUCAUUAAUAUAGUGACAAAGACAGCCUGCUUUCAAAGUAGUAAAACAAUGUUUCGGGAAAAAACUUCGGACUGAAUGUACAUUUUCGGUUCAUUCAUUUGACAAUCUCGAACACUGGGGCGCAAGCGGCGUCGUGUCUGAACUUGUUGACAUUAUUUUGUUUACAAGUGAGCUUGGUUAUUUUGUAGCUGUGACAAGAAAGUAUAUUCCCUUGUGACAGCACUCAACACAAUAACAUAUUGCAUUAUAGAAAAAAGUAAUUGGACAGUUGGCUAUAGGCUAUGUCAACUUUUCACAUUUCUAAGAGUAAUAAGUGCCAUUCUAUGUUUUAGCUAGUUUUCCAAGAAUCAAAAUGUCAAUAAAUAAAUUGCGCAAGAUUAGUUAUCGGAUAUCUAGAAAGCCAUUCAUUUUCUAACAUUAGAUAUAAUUGUAACUUUACAAUUUAAGUUUCUACGAUAACCUAAAAAAAUGGCUACAUUUCAUUUGGCCACAGCUACGAAGCAGAAAGCUUGUUAUUGUCUUCAGCCGAUCCUUUUUAAUGUAGCCUACAUUGCUCAGACUAGGUGGCAUGACACGUUGAUAUUUCUCAAUUCGCCUUUAUCUAUGAAAUUAUAUUGAUUUUUUCUCGAUAUUUUGUGAAUUUUUGUAUGAUCAUAACAGCGUUAUUGACUAGUGCUUGUUACGCAGUUAUGAAUGAAUGAGCUCUGGUGCGCAUGCGCGAAGUUCCCAAAGUUUAUAAACAAGGGCUGCACUCAUAUGGUCACAUGACUGUUCUUUAUCUAGUCCACACAGACAAAGGACUUUGUUAUAUGGAGGCUUUUUAUCCCCUAUGUAAUGACCUGCAGAUUUGAUUUAAUUUAUUAUGGCCAUAAUGUGAUAUUGCCACAGGAAAUGGGGAUUCGUGAUUGUAGAAUAAUGAGAAUCUAUGCUUUUUUAACCAGUGCCUUUUAUUUUAUUACUCACCUAUUAAUAUUCAAUGGAAACAUAAAUUACCUAGGCCUAGCGUUUAACCAAAUAAUUCAAACCAUAUUAUUUCAUAAUUUUGUAUGUUUUAUAUAUACCUGUUGUGGGCAGAUUCUGAAAUUGUAAUUUAUCGUUGUCUCCAGUGGCUGUCUACAGACUUGCCAGCUGACAUGGCGUAAUAUGUUAUGGGAAGUUAAUAAGACUGAACAAGUUGAGGAAAACAAGAUGGAUGCAAAUAGAAUAGAAGACUCCUUUGAUCUUCUGAAAUGCAAUGAGGUUCUGUCCUCAUCACCUGGCUGCCCCCCUACUCCCAUGGAGUAUGAUGACCUGCCAGAGCUGCAGGAGGUAGAGGAGAACCAGUCCUCUCUGGUGCUGUUCCAUGUGGGAACUGGGGUGUCACAUCAGGAGUGUAUAGCUGGUUACCCUCACACCAAUUGGCUGACUGAGCUGGCUAACAUCGCCACCGGCCCUCAGAGCCCCCUACUGCAGGAGCCUCCUCCCAUCAAGAGGUCGUCUCCUAUGCACAUCGUUGCCACCAGUCGUAGUUUACAUUCUUACGCCCGACCUCCCCUGGCCAGCAGUGCACCCAGCCCCUCUAGGGGUCACCUUAGGGAGCGCAGCAGACGUGUCAGAGCCAGCAGUGAGUCAGAGUCUGGUGUGUUCUCUAUGUCAUCCUUCUCUGAUGAUGAGGACAUGGGUUGGUCUAACUCCUGGCCCUCAACUGCCUGGCACUGUUUCCUGAAAGGCACCCGGCUGCGGUUCCACAGGGGUUCUAACAAGGAGUGGCAAGAGGCUGAGGACCUGGGAGACUCUGAUGACGAGUCAGAUGAUGAUGAGAGAAUAAUGCCGUCCACCGCCCGAAAGAGCUACGGUUCGGAAGGUCUGAAGCUAGUGGCCCACGAGGAGAACGUGUCGUACGGCCAGGCUGUCCUCAAACUCACCUUUGACCCCGGCUCGCCAGAAGAUGGCCUCUUAACGGCAGAGUGCAGAUUUGAUCACCCCUUCUUUGUGAAAAACAAAGGCUGGUCCUCGUUCUAUCCCAGCCUGACGGUGGUGCAGCACGGUAUCCCCUGCUAUGAGAUGCAGGUGGGGGACCUAUGUCUUCCUCCAGGCCACAGAGACUCCAUAAACUGUGACGACUCUGUUGUCUUCGACACCUUCAGGAGUUAUGACUUCACCCCUCUGGACUCUUCAGCUGUCUAUGUGCUGAGCAGCAUGGCCAGGCAGCGUAGGACCUCCCAGUCCAGCAGUGGCGCUAUCUCCCCUGACCCAGAGAAACUCUCCAGUUCCUCCCACCCCUCCUCCACCAGCAAAUCAAACAGGAGCAAUACCUCAGGGAUGGCCCCUGGCGGGGCCACGCCCACCAAAUGCAAGCGGCCAAUGAACGCCUUCAUGCUCUUCGCUAAGAAGUACAGGUUGGAGUACACACAGAUGUACCCUGGGAAGGAUAACAGAGCCAUCAGUGUGAUCCUGGGUGAUAAGUGGAAGAAGAUGAAGAACGAGGAGAGGAGGAUGUACACCAUGGAGGCCAAGGCUCUGGCUGACGAGCAGAAGAGACUCAACCCUGACUGCUGGAAACGCAAGAGAACCAACUCAGCCCAAUUUCUGUCCUGGACAUAAGGUCCUGAGCGAGAUUCAAACCCUCUGGUUUAAAUCAACACGGGGUCCCAGCACCAAUAGAUGGCCUAUGACCUUCAGACACUGGUGUGUGUGGCAUGGCGAGGUCAGAGGUCAAAGGUGAACAGACCGACCAGGCGACCCCACUAGCCUCUCUAGCCUGGUCCCAGAUCUGUUUGUGCUGUAUAGCCAACUAUGGUCGUUGGACCAUAAGACAGCACAAACAGACCUGGAACCAGGCUACUCUCUCUCUCUGCUCACCUGUCAAAUUGAUGAGACAUAACUGUGAUGCUGAAUACACUUGCUUUUAUAACUAAGAGACCUUAUAGAUAGGCCUGCAAGACAAAACGACAACUAUGAACUAUAUAUUAAAAAGCAGGUAAUCUAGUGUAACUAACCGUGCUGAUAUUUUCUUACAUUUUAAAAGGACAAGAGAUGCCUUGAUAUUUCUCUAUAAAAAAAGGAAAGGCUCAGUUUUAUUUCUUCAGGUAAUUUCAUAUUUCGAAGCAUGAAACCUUGAGAUCAGGGUUGCAAAAUUCCAGUAACUUUCCAAAGAUUCAGCAGGUUUUCCAGAAAUUCAGGUUGAAAGAUUCCCAGAAUCAGGAGGGUAUAAGCAAGAAAUCCAGAAUCCUCCAACCAGGAAUUCUGGAAAAGCUGAGAAUUUUGGUACAGUUACUGGAAAUUGAAAACACUACUUGAGACCCAGUGGUGCUAAGUUCGGUUAAGGAAGGAGGAGCAGUGAUACAAAAGUUAUAUUUUUAAUUGUAAAAUAAAUAAGGGGGAUUUUAAAUAGCUUUGGUGACACUUUAUUUUAAGGGUCCAUAAUAAAGCAUUUAUAAGGCAUUUACAAACCACUUGCUCAUCAUUUAUUAAUCAUGCAGGAAUGUCUACCAAUGGCAUAUCCAUCAUUUUGUGAGAAAUUACACUGGCCACUCAAAAUAUUUAUAAAAUAUUCAUAAAGUAUAAAUAGUGCUCACUUUAGGGACUGCAAAAAUACUUGACAAAUUAUUAGUAAAUGGUUUAUAAAUGUGGGCGUAAUGAUUAAUAAAUGGUGAACACACAAUUUAUAAAUGCCUUAUUAAAUGGUUUCAUACGGAUCCUUAAAAUUGUGUUUUUUCUCUUCUCAGCUGUAGUUCAUAUUGAUUUAUAUUUGUACAACUCAAUAUAUUGCACAGAUUGAUAAAGCCUUUCAUGCAUUGUAUCAUACAGUACAUGACCAAAAGUAUGUGGACACCUGCCCGUCGAACAUCGCAUUCCAAAAUCAUGGGCAUUAAUAUGGAGUUGGUCCUCCUUUGCUGAUAUAACAGCCUCUACUCUUCUGGGAAUGCUUUCCACUAGAUGUUGGAACAUUGCUGCAGGGCCAAUUUUUGUUAUUGAACCCUUAUUUAACUACGCAAGUCAGCGGAGUCAAUCACCACCUUCCGGAGACACCUGAAACCCCACCUCUUCAAGGAAUACCUAGGAUAGGAUAAAGCAAUCCUUCUGCCCCCCCCCCCCCCUUAAAAGAUUUAGAUGCACUAUUGUAAAGUGGCUGUUCCACUGGAUGUCAUUAGGUGAAUGCACCAAUUUGUAAGUCGCUCUGGAUAAGAGCGUCUGCUAAAUGACUUAAAUGUAAAUGUAAAUGUAAGAACAAAUUCUUAUUUACAAUGACGGCCUACACCGGCCAAACCCGGACGAAGCUGGGCCAAUUGUGUGCCUUGCCUAGUCUGGCAUUAUCUUGUUUUGAUCUGAGUUUUUUGUUUAGUUUCUACAAUUGACUUUGGGUCAUUGAAAGCGCUAUAUAAGUCCCAUGUAUUAUUAUUAUUACUCUCAGAAGGACCAACCAAAAGCGGCUGUUGGAGACACAGGUAGAGUGGCGAAUGAGCUGAGCCCCCUUAACUCCUUAUAAGGAACCACUCUCCCGCCCUCUGGUCAUUCUCAAGCAUGCUUCUCCUCGCACUCUUGUGAGCAGUGAAAUGCUGUGAUACAUCUCACUCAUAUCAGAGAGCCAGGGUUACGAAAGUAACCGUAAGUUCUCUUUCAAAUACUCAUUUCAAUGUAUCACAUACUCUAUGGUGAUAUGGCCAACUCUCGUAUCGCAAACAUGCUCACCGAAGCCAGGGUCGUCCCAACAUCAGCAACCCUCAGAGGCUCCGAAGCUGAGGAAGUGCGCAUGCAAGAAGGUGCAGAAACAAGCUGUUGGGAAAAGUUCAUAACAAAGUGAAGGGGAAGCCCAAAACAUGGUGCGCAAAUCUCAGUUUAAUGAGAUGUGUCUCUUUCGAGGGUGGUAACCAAAUGAUUGAAAGCAUUACACCCUUGCCUGAGCCUUCGUUCAAUCCAAGUAGAUGUGCAAUGCGUGUACUGGACAACAACAGGAACGCCCUUCUGAGGAAGGUGACAGACGGAAAACCAUAGGCUCCAAGGUGCGACAAAAAUAAAUUGUCGACCUGGACCAAGGAUGGGGUUAGGUAUAGGGUUAGCCUGAAAAACCCUAGGGCAGAAUGCGGGUGUGAACAGUGGCUGGUAGAGCACUGUCCACACACUCACUCUAGGGACACCAAAGGCAGUAGUAAAGCAAAAGAUUGAGGAAUAUUGCUUCUCAGCGGCUAGUAGCUGCUGUGAAAGAAUCUUAAGCACAGUAGACAUGUCCCAGGUUGAGUAACCUCAUCCCUAGGCUAUUGCGCACGGCGCAAUAUACGCCUGGGAUAUCAACGAUUCAAAGUUGGCCUUAGUGGGAGUGACCAUAGAAUUCUAUGGGAGUGACCUACUGAGUAAUGUAUUUGUCAUCAUUUCAUUUUGGAGAAUCACAUGACUGUGAAGAGUGGGAAGGGUUAAAGGGAAUGUGUUGUGGGUGACGAUUGGUUGGUAGAUUAAGCCGAUUAAGCCAAUGCCUAUGCAAUGGGAGUUUCUCCCGUUCUUUCUGUAUUGGCUAACGAAGGCCAACAAGUUUGACACGUUGGUCCACCAGACCAUUUGGGCAUUUGUGCGAAAGUGUCUGGGAACGAGAUUACAGGACGAGCUAAAGUCUUAGAGACUGGGCGUAAGGGACGUGUCUUCCCCCUAUAAACAACACAACAGUUAGGAUAAACUGUAUUACUGUCAGGGCCUGGGCAGGCCGAGAAAGUGGCUAGAGGACCUUAACAAUGAAGAAACCUUCUCUCUGUCCAAAAAAGUCCUGCAAGGAGCAUAAGACCAUGGACCAGGACGAAACGAUCUGUUUAGUCAUACCACUUCUGUAAAACAGAGAGCAUGCCCUGCCCUGGAGGUUGGCCCUGUUUUUUAAGAGUCGAAGACCGGUAUUCCUUUCCUUAAAAUGUUUUUAAUGUAUUUUUUUAAUAUAUCACCAGCUAUGCCCCGAGAGAGUAGAGAAUUUCUUUGUUUGCUAGGGUAUAAACCCUGCAUGCCAAUAGCUGCCAGGACUGGUUGUGAGUAGGGUAUAACUGCUGCCCCGAAAGUCACUGGCCAUCGAGGGGCUCGAGGGUGAGGGGGAGGCCCUAUUCCCUUGCUCUGUGUCGACGGAAAAGGGAGGGUAGGCAACAUAGUUGGAAAAGCAUACGGUAUCCCUCUAGCUCUCCCGCCCCAAAUGGCGUGGUCACCGUUUUUGGGAUGGGGUCUCCCAUGGCCCUUACAGGGUCUUCGCUUCUAUCAGGGUGCAGCAAGUCAGUCCAGAUAGACGUGGGCUCUCUCUAGACAGAGCAGGCAAUGUAUCUGAAGGAAGAAGUAUUCAAAAUCCUGUAUUCAUAAUUAUGCAUUCAUAUUUCUGGGCAGUAUGACAGCUAUAUGACUGGUAUAUCUUGUUCCUGCACCAUGGAGGAGGGUUGUCAAGAGCGAAGAUAUAUCCUCAGUCACUCGCUCCCGUAAGAUGGGGAGGCAGCUAAUAGCUAGCAAUAAUGACCCCAGUAGAAUGCUAUAGCCGCGAGGAUAGUGGGGCUUUAGCUAGCUAGCGGGGCUUUAGCUAGCUAGCAGCUACCUUGUGGUGAAGGUAUGCCGUAGCUAGCUUAGUGCUGGCUGAAGGGAACCGCGUGGGGGCAGAGUUAGCCGUCAGGUAGUGUGUUCCCUCCACCGAAGGAACCAUGAGUAUGAGACGGUCGGUCUAAUUAACACAAAAGGAAUGAACAUAGGUUAAGCUAGCAAUGCUACCGUGUUUGCAGAUGGAUAUGCUAGUGAGGUUAGCUUGCCUCUCAGCGAGCUAGCUAAGUUAGCCUUGCAGCGUGGGCUAACCAAGUCUAAAUAGCUAGCCGUUAAGCUAGCUACUAACGGAGACUGAGAAGUAGAAAAGCAAUUGACACAAAGCAAAAACCUUUCGUUCAGUACUCAACCUCUCAACAGGGUCUGAAGAGCUACGUUCAGCAAAGAUAUCCUACACGGUUCGCUUCUGAGCAAUUAAGCAGGAAAACAGGGCUCCAGUCAUGCUGAGAGCUAGAGAGCAAUAGCCAUCACGAGGAAGAUGAACGAGAAUGACCAUAGGGUUGGAGAGUGGCUCAUUUGCCACUCUGUCUCCACAAUCAUAUCGCCAGCAGCAUACCACCCUGCAUACCACUGCUGGCUUGCUUCUGAAGCUAAGCAGGGUUGGUCCUGGUCAGUCCCUGGAUGGGAGACCAGAUGCUGCUGGAAGUGGUGUUGGAGGGCCAGUAGGAGGCACUCUUUCCUCUGGUCUAAAAAAUAUCCCAAUGCCCCAGGGCAGUGAUUGGGGACACUGCCCUGUGUAGGGUGCCGUCUUUCGGAUGGGACGUUAAACGGGUGUCCUGACUCUCUGAGGUCAUUAAAGAUCCCAUGGCACUUAUCGUAAGAGUAGGGGUGUUAACCCCGGUGUCCUGGCUAAAUUCCCAAUCUGGCCCUCAAACCAUCAUGGUCACUUAAUAAUCCCCAGUUUACAAUUGGCUCAUUCAUCCCCCUCCUCUCCCCUGUAACUAAUCCCCAGGUCGUUGCUGCAAAUGAGAACGUGUUCUCAGUCAACUUACCUGGUAAAAUAACGGUAAAAUAAAAUAAAUAAAAUAAAAAUACGAUUUCUAUUGGUCCUUCCAAGAGUAUUGGUGAUCCUAGCGAAUCCCCAUAUGUGAUAAAUCGAAAUGAGUAUUUGAAAGAGAACCCUUAUGGUAUUGUUCCAUUGCAAAACAUUUUGAAAGGUUUCCUUCCAUGCUCUAAUGAACAUAACUCAGAUACCCUGUUUCCUGAUUCACACUGUAGGGUUGAACCAAACUAUUAUGGCUUGGAUAUUUUAUUUUCACAUUGUGCUUUCUAGCGUGGUUUCAGGAACUGUGAUAGAUGUAUAACCAGGCCAUCUCAGUACAGCUCGGCUAGGAUUGGCUUAGCCCUAUAGUGCGAAUCAGGCAUCUAGUUGCUAAACCAGCAGGUGAUGUGCCGAUGAUGAUGUAUGUUUGUACACAUGGAUGUUUUGCACACUCAACCAAACAGCACUUCAGGCCCAAGCCUUCACUUGAAGUGUUUUAAUUUCUUUUUGCACUUUAUAUACAGUACAUAUGUAAUCGUAUACAGUACAACCAAUUAAAUGUAUGCUAGUGGAAGCUACUGGUAACUGCCAAAAUAAAGGAAACAUUUGAGUAAAUGAGGGAUACAAAGUAUAUUGAAAGCAGGUGCUUCCACACAUAUGUGGUUCCUGAGUUAAUUAAGCAAUUAUAACAUCACAUCAUGCUAAAGGUCAUGUAUAAAAAUGCCCAGUUGCCCAUUAUUUUGAAAGAGGGGUCUCAAAGGAGCAUAGGGCGUUUAAAUUGUGUGUGUGUGUGUGUGUGUGUGUGUGUGUGUGUGUGUGUGUGUGUGUGUGUGUGUGUGUGUGUGUGUGUGUGUGUGUGUGUGUGUGUGUGUGUGUGUGUGUGUGUGUGUGUGUGUGUGUGUGUGUGUGUGUGUGUAUUUGUAUUUAUUAUUGAUCCCCAUGAGCUACUCUUCCUGGGGUCCAGCAAAAUUAAGGCAGUUUAUACCAUUUUUAAAACAUUACAAUACAUUCACAGAUUUCACGACACACUGUGUGCCCUCAGGCCCCUACUCCACCACUUCCACAUAACUACAGUACUAAAUCCAUGUGUAUGUAUAGUGCUUAUGUUAUUGCGUGUGUGUGUGUAUGCGCCAAUUUUUGUGUUGCAUCACAGUCCCCGCUGUUCCAUAAGGUGUUUUUUUAAUCUGUUUUUUAACAAUCUAAUUUUACUGAGGUGAAGGCACCAAUUUGUAAGUCGCUCUGGAUAAGAGCGUCUGCUAAAUGACUUAAAUGUAAAUGUAAAUGUACUGCUGGCAUGAGUUACUUGAUGUGGAAAGGAGUUCCAUGUAGUCAUGGCUCUAUGUAGUACUGUGUGCCUCCCAUAGUCUGUUCUGGACUUGGGGACUGUGAAGAGACCUCUUGUGGCAUGUCUUGUGGGGUAUGCAUGGGUAUCCGAGGUGUGUGACAGUAGUUUAGACAGACAGCUCGGUGCAUUCAACAUGCCAAUACCUCUCAUAAAUAAAGUAGUGAUGAAGUCAAUCUCUCCUCCACUUUCAGCCAGGAGAGAUUGACAUGCAUAUUAUUAAUAUUAGCUCUCUGUGUACAUCCAAGGGCCAGCCGUGCUGCCCUGUUCUGAGCCAAUUGCAAAUUUCCUAAGUCCUUUUUUGUGGCACCUAACCAUACGACUGAACAGUAGUCAAGGUGUGACAAAACUAGGGCCUGUAGGACCUGCCUUGUUGAUAGUGUUGUUAAGAAGGCAGAGCAGCACUUUAUUAAUGACAGACUUCUCUCCAUCUUAGCUACUGUAUCAAUAUGGUUUAACCAUGACAGUUUACAAUCUAGGGUUACUCCAAGCAGUUUAGUCAUCUCAACUUGCUCAAGUUCCACAUUAUUUAUUACAUGAUUUAGUUGAGGUUUAGGGUUUAGUGAGUUUUAUUCCAAACACAAUGCUUUUAGUUGUAGAAAUAUUUAGGGCUAACUUAUUCCUUGCCACCCACUCUGAAACUAACUGCAGCCCUUUGUUGAGUGUUGCUGUCAUUUCAGUCGCUGUAGUAGCUGACGUGUAUAGUGUUGAGUCAUCUGCAUACAUAGACACUCUGGCUUUACUCAAAGUCAGUGGCAUGUCGUUAGUAAAAAUUGAAAAAAGCAAGGGUCCUAAACAGCUACCUUGGGGAAUUCCUGAUUCUAACUGGAUUAUAUUUGAGAGGCUUCCAUUAAAGAACACCCUCUGUGUUCUGUUAGACAAGUAACUCUUUAUCCACAUUAUAGCAGGGGGGUGUAAAGCCAUAACACAUACGUUUUUCCAGCAGCAGACUAUGAUUGAUAAUGUCAAAAUCUGCACUGAAGUCUAACAAGACAGCCCCCACAAUCAUGUUAGAUCUCAAACCAAGCUUCAGGGUAGUCGUCUGCAGGUAAACCAGUACCGGCCUGUAAAACAAAAAAUAGGUUGUAAAAAGUUUGGUCCUGAAUAACAUGACGAAACAUGGGUUUAAAAUGUAUUUAUUUAUUGGAGUUUUCUCCUCUCAGAUAUUAGAUACCUUAUUCUUUAUGAUUUAUUUUUGGACUGCGAUCUAGAAGCUUGAUGUUGGUGUUUCCUUUAUUUGGCAGUUACCUGUGUAUAAAAUGACAUACGGUAUAUCUUCAAGAGAUCUAUCAGUUUUUACAUUGACACAAACAUGGCCAAACUGUAUACAGUAGGUCUAGCCUGAGUGCCAGUCUGUUUUGUGCUCUAUGGCAUGACAAUGAAUGACAAGGAGUUGGCAGUACAGCAUAAAAAGACUGGCACCCAGGCUAGUACAGGUCAUGUGAUGUUCUGCUUGCAGGUUGCCAUGGCGUUGAAUUUAUACAGCUUUGUUGUUGAUAAUGUACAGGUCCACGCCCCACCAAACUCAAAAUAUCCUUGUACUAUAUUAUAAAUAAAAGUUUAAACUUGCAAUCUUA